GAUUCCGGUACUAACACACAGCCAACUAUCGAUGUAUUGUGCAACGAUACGGCGAACCGAAAAAGCGCAUCAGGAAGUUCUCCGAUCGUGAACUGUCUUGCGUGGAAUCUUAACGCGAAAGCUAGUAUCUAUGCUACAGUUAUGAAUAUACAUAUAAAGUGUGGGACAAUAACUACUAUCAACACCUCAAAUAUCUUCGAAACUAUAUGUUUCACAGAAACGAAUACUGAUGAAUACCUAUGAAUCAGCUAUCAUAUGAUUUCAUAUACGGUGUCGAUACAGAACAAUUCUCAGAAUAAAACUACACGCAGACGUGAAAAGUGUUGGAAACAUUCAAAUUUUUAUUCAAUCAAAUACAGGAAGUAACAAAGUUAUGUUAGAUAAUACAACGCAUAUACUAAAAAAUGCAAAUUCACGUAACAACUUCGAGGUUACUCGAUUCUUCCAAUUUUAACAUUAUCCGGAACAGGUCUAUUUCCGUAUAACUAUAUAGAAUCAUGAUAUCGAGCUAGUUCGUCGUCAAGUAAACAACCAUUACAGUUAACUUAGAUUCCAGAAGUACCAGCAUUCCUGCAGUCGCGUUCGAGCGAAGCGCGGAAAUGGAUGGAAAGGUAUAUGCUGUUGAGCGCAAUUACACUCCUGUCUAAUUCUAUGUACCCAGACUAUUUGACUCGUCAGGUAAAUAACGUAACUUGAACCGAUUCGCUAUAAAAAUAAUUGAAAGGAUGCGAUUCUGAACAUGAAGGUCCAAAAGUGCUGCGCCCACUGUCCAGGAAUAAUUGUCCCAGCAAAAAGCAACGAGUCGCACGAGUGUUGCCAGCCAAAGUAUAUUUCUGGGAACUUGAGAAUACCUUCUUUAACGAAACACGUGUCAGAAUGUUCAGAGCAAAGAGACGUCGAGAAGAAUUGGCCAGGAAUAUCCCGAAAAAGUCAAUCACCUUGCUACGACCAAUUUGCCUUGGCAAAGAGACUUCACGCGGAAAAUCUGGAGCAUCAACCUCUACCCGAUAAAGUCGAGGAUGCCGUCUUUAAGAUAGCUAUACCAAGAACGUCCUGUCAUCGAGUUUCAACGAAAACGGGAAAACGUUGCGACUGUUGCGGUCAAGAAUUCAAAGACCACGCUAAUUUAUCGAACAAACGUUACGGAUCAGCCCUAGGUUGCAAGGAGCCGAGAACGAAAAUGGAUUUGGCGAUCUGUUGGGAGACUCCUAUAGAUCCUGUCUACGAGCCACCCAAACCCUCUCAUAUCGAUGGGUCCGAUGGUGGACUCGCACCCGCUAUCUUCACACUUGUUCAACGUGGCCCGAAUUCUGGAUCGUCUCUUUGUUCUGAGAUUGGAAGAAACGAGGAGUGUUGUCAGAGUCGAUGCAAGGCACAAAGAAAAUCGGUAAAUAAUUCAAAGUCUGAUCGUUAUGAGAACGAGAAUAAAGAUAAGGACCUCGAAGGAGGUCCCUGUGAAUGUCUCUGCAGAAGCUUGAGCGGUGCGAGUAUUUCGAACAAGGCUCGAAUCGAGGAACAACCCAAGAGGGUGUCCUUGAAAAAGUGCGUGGCUUGCGAGCCAAGGAGUUUCAAAGAUGAUCCUAGAUUGAUCAAAUCGGCCGUUGGGUUGGCAUUGGGCCUUGAGAAGGAACAGCGCGAUCAACGAAGAAACGGUUCGAAAAUAACGGUGCCAAAGCCCAAGACUCCUUUUGCGAAAAGAAGUUUCCGCAUCGACACCUUGACUCCUCCUUUCAGCGUCGUAAAUGGUUGCAGAGGUACCGAUUACCCAGAACACUGGAGACUCAUGUCCGUUUACCAACAGUCCUACAAAAAUCCGUAUAGACGGAGGAACUAUCGUUGA